GUGGCCGGGCAUGCGUACCGAGCAGAUGCCAAUUCUCUCGGACAUGGCCGCUUUUAACCGACACCCCUUGUCUGAGCUUCGUAGCGCCCUCUUCCAUCUUCGUAACUUCUCUUGGCAGCCGCCAAGCAUGAGUCGCACCAAUGUGCGUGAAGUCGAGGAGCUCAGGGCGGCUUACCGAUGCUGGCCAUCUGCAGUGUGCAGGCAGGGACCCGACAUAGUGCCUUUGCAUGAAGACCAGGUCUAUGGUAUCACUCAGGACCUUGAUGGUCGCGCUUGUGGCAUUGAAGUCCUCGACGGGAUUUCUGGGACUCAGCUCUGGUCUAUGUCUGGUGCGGUUGUCUUUGCUGGAGAUGCAUUUGCUGGCGUUUUGUCAGCUGCUUGCGACACGAUCCAUGUUGCACGUGAGCUAGAUGUGAGUGUGCGCUUCGAGGAUGCGAAGCCCUUGACCUUGAUGAGUACCUGGACUUGCUUGUGGACUUGCCUGUACAGCUUCGUGCAUUUGACCACUUACUGCUCAGCCAUGCGUGUCUACGAACCUCUCAACACGGCAGAGCUGUUACCCUGGUGGCGCUGCACUUUCACCGUAGGGCUUUUCCCGUAUGGGUGUGCCACCUACUACGUAUACUGGGCAAAUUGCCUUGCAGGCACCAAAUUUCCGCUGGGAAUCAAGAUCUUGGGCGGUUUGCUUGCGAGCAUCCUAUCUUCUGUUUUCGCUUUCACCUCGUGGCCUGGAUCAGAAGAGUACCGGCCAAUCUUCAUGGUGUUCAUCGGAGGCACAAUGUCAUAUACCAUGGUGUCAGCAGUCAUUCAUGGCGCCUGGUGCAUUCUUUGGGCACAUUGUGAGUCUUCCUCGGAGAAAGAUUCGGAUAGCAGCGGGGUCAGCAGCGAAGAGGUGAAGCCAGUUCACAAGCGAAGUCAUUUGUUGUGGGCGUGCGCCCAUUUCCUCUUUACAUUUGGCAGUUGGAUGUUCUUGUACAUGAUCUCCAUGGUGUUCUUGUGGCUGCAAUAUACCUCGGCGGUUGGCGCGGCCUUGUUUCUUACUCUUGCCACGAAUCUGACCGAAAAAGCUGUGAGCUGCAUGACGACGAGGCACCUGAUGAUUCCUGUUGCACUAACCCAUUCCUUUUGCGAGAGCACGCGCCUCAUCAGCUUGCUUUCCGUCACCAUGCAAUAUGGUGGAUGGUGGUGGUGCUUCAACCUUGCGCUCAACCUGGCCACGAACCUGCUCGAGCGCAGCUACAGCAGCUUCAGUUUCCUGACCUACCUAUGCCCCGGCCUGUCCAGGUUCCUUUUGCCUGGUAUGAGUAUGGUGGUACAUCAGGAGGCAAAGCUUUUGUCAGGAUAUGCUCAAUAUGUGUCCAUCGUCGCGUUUCUGACGGCAGAUUGCAUCACAGGCAAUUGGGCCACAUCGGCUUUCAACUUUGAGUCCAUAUGCCUCAUCAUCGCAUCUGUGGUCGUCGAGCUCGCAGAGGACUUGGCGAUCAGUUUUGGGAUCAAACCGCACAGUUUCUGGCGCGAAGCCCUUCACGAAGACUAUGCUGCGCAGCCAAUCCUGCAUCCGCGGCAGAUCCUCUGCAUCGACCAGGUUGGGGUCACAUGGAAUUCGCCACCGCUCUCUUUGCAUGGCACUGAUAGCCUGGACUUCUGGGAGGUGGCGGCAUUCAUGCUUCCGGCAACUUACUUCUCCUUGGUAUU